AAAAAUGGCGAAAUAGAAAAGAAACGCCGCCAUUUUGACAUUUGUUUGGCUUUUGUGUUCCACAAUAAAGAUUUUCAUGUAAUUAAACAAUCAGAGCUAAUUGUAUUGUGAUUUUCGCAAAUGAAUAGUCAUAUUAUCGUGCCGGGUGGAUAAAAACGCCCGGAUCGGUGAUAAUCGCUGUUGUUAUGCGGCGCAUAAAUCAAUAAAUGGUUGGUGCCGCUUUUUUAUUUUUGCGAUUCUAAUUUAGUGAUUAUUUUGGUGAUUGAACAUCUGUUAGAGUGGUAAAUAGUGAGAAUAUUGUUUUAAGUGUGUUUUGGACACGUUUUUGAUGCAAUUUCACCUUGAGAUUUGAUAAAAACUUGCUUGUAAAAAAGGCGCGAAGAGUUGCCGCUCUCUGUAGCGACGAAAGGAGUGAAUUUGUAAAGCAACAAAAUGUUUGUUUGAAACAAAGGGAGUGCGGUCGAGUCGUAUCCCCGGCGUAUCGGGUGUUAUGAGUUUUGAAUUAUUACUAAAAACCACUUAUGUAUGUAAAAAGGAAAAACUUUCUAUCAACCUAUUGAGUUCAUGUUAAGAAUUCUUCUGAACUUGCAAUGCGGUUAAGAAGUAGAAAGAGGGAGCGACCGCUCUCCGGCAAGAGAACUUCUCAGAAGGUGACCAAAUUCAAGAAGAAACCGCUGAACAAGACUUUGCUGAAGCCCAGUCCGGUGUGGACGAAGAUUUUGAAGCCGGACCCGGCCAAAAAUGGCCUGUCCACUUCGUUCUGCAUCACACGUUCCCAAAAUUUGAAAACAAGACCAGUUAGAACUAGACUAGUGAAAAGCAUGGAGAAGUCUGUUGAUACAUCGCACAAAAACAAAUUAAAGCACAAAGAAAGCGCAAAGAAGCCGAUCUUCCAGACUGUUGUCCGUAACACCAACAAGGACAAUGUAACGUCAUCAACUAACGUCAAGUCCAAAGUGACUCAGAAUGACAAAGUCUCUACAACUUCUAAAACUAAAGAGAUCCGUACAACAAAGAGUGUGCAGCUUCGCCACAGCUCUUUAAACCGUGAGCUUCGUAAGACCGAAGUGGCGACUGCUAUGAACUCCCCACGUAAGACACGACGCAUGGAUAAGCCAGACAAAUCGGCUUCAUUGAACAGCUCUCCAAUACGUAAAGUCCGUCAAAUGGGUGUUCCAUCUCCAAAAGUGACUAAAGUCAGCUCUACGAACGAAAGCCCCAAAAAGAAAGGCAAGGCUAAGGCAGCUGUAGUUCCAGAAAACGGGAAUUGGUCUGAAGACAACGAUGUGACCAUGUACGAAGCUCACACUACGUUUGUUGAUUUCCCAACUCCAAAAUCCGAAGAGUCUGAUUCUGAUGCUCUAGUGGAGUCUUCAGAUCUGUGUCUUCCUAACGACUGUCUCAAUGAUUUCAUAGCUAUAGCAGAAUGUGCUCGGUUGAUGAACGAAAACUUGGGAACGGAAGAUGAGGUAAAUUUUCUAGCGGAUAAAGCUGCUAGGGUCAUGACUACAGAGAAAGAGGACCCGAAAAAGACUUCAAGGAAGAACUCGGUGGAGAAACGUGUAAUCAAGCGCAGGAAGUCGAGCAAUGACUUGGAGAUGUAUCAGCCUACGUCAACUACCGAUGAUCUGGAUUCUUGUUCGGACUUCUUGACUAACGGAGAGAAAUAUGUUCAGCCAGACUUCGUAACCAUGCUCGAGCAAGACGGCUACGUCCGUUCCUCUGAGUGUGAGAUAUCUUCCACCUGCGACACUCAAGGCACGGCCAUUGAGAGUCUAGAGGCUCUGUCCGCUCGGAGCCCCAGUUCGGGCUUUCUGGCUGAGAUUAGCCAGAGUCUGGCUGCUACUACUGGAGGGUGGGUCGAGAAUGGAUCGGACAUCGCAGCAGACGAGUCUUCGCUGGCGUGCCACGACGAGCAGCCGCCUUCUGAUAUUGAGGAGUCGUCGGGCGACGUGAUGUCGAUGUGCAGCGGGCGCGUGGCGUGCGAGCAGAUCUCCUCGUGGGUGGAUGCCUUCGACCCCUAUCUGUUCAUCAAGCAGCUCCCGCCAUUAGAAUCAGUGGCAACUGGUGCAUUACGCGCGCGCUGCCCCGCGCUGCCGCUCAAGACUCGCACCAGCCCAGACUUUAGUCUCGUCCUCGACUUGGACGAGACACUGGUGCACUGCUCGCUGCAAGAGCUUCCGGACGCCAGUUUCCAUUUCCCAGUGCUUUUCCAAGACUGCAGAUACACGGUAUUCGUCCGCACCCGGCCCCACUUCGCCGAGUUUCUGUCGCGUGUCUCACGCUUAUACGAGGUCAUCCUGUUCACCGCCAGCAAGAGAGUCUACGCGGACCGCCUGCUGAACUUGCUGGACCCUGCGAGACGAUGGAUCAAGUACAGGCUGUUCCGCGAGCACUGUCUCCUGGUCAACGGUAAUUACGUGAAGGACCUGAGCAUCCUGGGACGAGACCUGCGCAAGACCGUCAUCGUGGACAACAGCCCGCAGGCGUUCGGCUACCAGCUCGAGAACGGCAUCCCGAUAGACAGCUGGUUCGUGGACCGCAGCGAUAACGAGCUGCUCAAGCUGCUGCCCUUCCUGGAGCACCUCGCCACGAAAGACGACGUACGCCCGUACAUCCGCGACAAAUACAAACUGUUCAGCUACCUGCCCCCGGACUAAGCCGUAUCACUGUACUGUAUGUAUCACUUACGUAUCUAUUUGGACGUUAGGAACGUUAGAUUUUA